AUGGAGCUGUGCGGUCCCAACAUGAGCGAGGGUGGCGGCUCUCUGUGCCAGGUGAAGCAGCUCCCCCGCCACACCGUCCCCCUCUGUCGCCUGCAGGCCGGGGGACACCAAAUGCACAACUCCCCUCACCUCACCCAACAGCCCUGGGUCAACCACCCGGCCCCGGCGAUCGCCUCCAGCCCCCCUGUGACCGUCCGCCACAGGGUGAACGGCGCCAUGGCGUCCAGCUGCAGCAGCCCGGAGUGUGCGGCCUCCAGAGUGGGAGAGGAGGCAGGUCUGGCUCAGGGGGGCUCAGCAGGGAAGGUGGUGGUGACGGGGGGAGGGGGGUACUUUGGUUUCAGGCUAGGGAGAGAGCUGGCCAGUCAGGGGAUGACAGUGAUCCUCCUGGACAUGAGGAAGCCCCCCUGUGAAAUUCCGGAAGGAGCUUUCUUCUACCAGGUAUCUACUGCGUCUCCUCACCGCACCACUACAACCGAAAAUUAAAUAAAAUGCAGAAAUUACAGGAAGGCCUUUGGAGCGUGCAGGUUUGCAGGAUUUUUGAGUUCAAACCCAACAGCUCUCCUUCUCCUCGCGCCGCUCCACACAGACUUGAAAACCGAGUCUAGUGUGUCAGAGCUUCAGUCGGUGUCAGUGGGUUUCCUCUGGUCAGUCUGCAUGCUGGCUGGAAACAGACACAGGUGAGUGAUCCACGUCUGAGCGCCAGCUGCUGACUGGGUCACAGAGGGUGGAGACAUGAUUCAGGUUUCACCUGCGGGCCUCGUGGCACACUUACCUUAAUUAUACGUGUCCUCUAAUGGGAUCUUUGUUGACUCACUUCGCCUCAUAGACUCGGUCAGAAAACUUACAUGUCUGGACAUGAAUAAUUUGUAAAUCUAAGAGAUAAACCGUGAAACAGCUUUUCUAUCAUCUCAUAUUGACUGAGUGAGUGUUUUGAGUUUGUAAAAUUAAAGCGAGGUCAUUUUUAUUUCUGUUUUUUUUUUAACAGAGUGACAUUAGGGACUAUCCUUCACUCAACAAAGUGUGUGAAGGUGUCGACUGUAUAUUCCACACGGCCUCUUACGGCAUGUCCGGACCAGAACAGGUGACCCUCCUGCAUUUCUUAUUCAGCUGAUUUUCAACACUGAAUUAUUGACAGAGACAGAUAAACGAGGUGAUGGACUGAGGUCAACACAGACGGUUUGUUUUAGUGGGAAAAUAAAAUAAAAAACAGUUAGUUUUAUUAUCAGAUAUUUACAGUCUCCAGGUCACCAGGUUAGGGCAGGGAUGGCUGACAACAAAGAGCUACAGGUUGGAUUUAAUGAUGACCUGCUGCUUAAAUGCAUGAAAAGAUGUAAAGAAACGUCAGUAUCUGAGUUUGUGGUGAAGAAGUGACAUUUUUUCUUCUCGUCUUUCUUUGUUUCUGCCAGUUAGAGAAAGAUCAAGUUGAGUCAGUCAAUGUUGGAGGGACGAUUAAUGUCAUAAAUGGUAAGAGAUGUAUUAAUGAGUUUUGAAAUUUGAUUUAAUUUGACUUUUCAUUUGAUUUCUUAACAUUUGAUUUUUUAAUAAUCAUUUACUCACUUUAAAUUGAAUAAAGCUCUCGUAAACAUAUUGUCAUCAAGCAAUCGUCCCUUUUCUGAUAGUUUAUGGUAUGACCCAUAUUCAUUCACAUAAAAUAAGAGUAAAACUGUUGGAUGUUGAGUUGACUCUCCUGCUGGAUCGUCUCUGUUUCAGUGUGUAAGGAGAGGAGCAUCCCCAGGCUGGUCUACACCAGCACCAUCAACGUGGUGUUUGCAGGGAAACCAAUAGACGAGGGUGAUGAGGCCUCCGUGCCGUACGUUCCUCCUGAUGCAGUGAGUAAAAAAGUAUAAAUAUAAAUGAACUAUAUCAACUGAGAUGCUCCACAGAGAUAUUCUGACAAGAGUCGCAUCCACCUGUUAAAAGCUUUCACUCACUUUUAGUCCUGCAGAGAGUCUUAUAACAAAACCAUGUUCCUUUUUGUGUCGCAGCACAUCGACCACUACUCAAGGACUAAAUCGAUGGCAGAGCAGAUGGUCCUCUCUGCUAACGGCUGCAUCCUGAAAGGUGAGAAACAAACAGACGUGCUCUCCUGACAUUUUUCAGAUCGUUUAAGGACAUUCAGGUCCUGAUAUUUUGAAGAACUUUACUCAGAUACUUAUCAGCAGGAGAUUUUCACUGUUAGGCGUGCUCUCAGGUUAAACAGGUGACCUGAAUUUUUCCAGAAUUUUACUUUUUAGGUCGUUUUGUGAACAUGACCAAGAAUUUACAAGAAUAAAGAGAUAAAAUUGGAAGAUUAAGUUCUAUAUUCAUGAGAAAACAGUCAUAAUCAUCGUCUACAGUGUGCCAACAGAGCAGCCAUUUACAAAAUGAUGAACUUGGAGCAUCUCGUGGCAUCGUACUUUUGUUCAGGUUUCAUAAUCAACUGACUAUCAAAGCUUUUAGUCUCUUUCUGAAUCGAUUUCACAAGAAGCUGAACUUAUUCUGAGAAACAGGUGGUCAGAGGACACUUCUGCAAACACUGGUGGUCCUCAGCCGUUCAGUGCAAGCACCUCUGAUAUCACUGUGAUACACAUUAACCUUCAAUUAUGACUUCUGUCUCAUAAAACAACCUACAAUUUUAAUCCUUUGAACUUGUAAAUUUAUAACUUUUUUCUUGUGCAUUUACUCAUAAUUGUUGUAUUUUCUUGAAUCUUUAAGUGGUCCUAAUCAUUUCUUUGUGCAUCGAGUCAGUCCUGACUUCUCGCACGAAUUUUUCCACAAAGUUUGGGUAAAUAAUCCGUCCAUUCGCAGCUUCUUGAUUUACUAUUUUUUAUGCCUGAUCAGUAUUUUCUCAGAAUUCUCAUUUCAAAGUCAGACAAAUCCAUACCUAUUAAAGAAGUUUUCAGCGUCCCUCGUGCUCUUCUGUGGAUUUUCCAUCAGUAGGAGAUUACCACGAUUGCUACUGCAUCUGUGUAAAGCAAACAGAGGCAUCGGUUGCCAUAGAAACUAGAGCUGCAGUGAUGCAAGUUUAAGUAAAGAGCGUGACAGACCAGUGUGAGUAUGUUGUGCAGCAGUCCCAUGCACUUUGAUUCAUACAUAAAAGCGUUCGAACCAUUUUCAAUCACAAACGUGUUUUUAAUUAUUAGAUUAUAUUUAAAAAAUAAGGCGAGAUAAGGCAGCUGAGACGAGAGGACUGGCGCUAACACACAACAACAUAUCGUACAGAAAUAAGGACAAGAGAGUCUGGUGUGUGAGGGAGUGUAAGGGCACUUAAACAGAGCGGGGCACACCUCACACAGGCACUUUGAGGUCACUUAUGAGCGACACAAAGAUAACAGACACACAUGAAAACAUAACGGCACGAAGAAACAGCGUGAAAAAGUUUUCAGCUCUCCACAUAGAGACACAAAGUUUCCCUGAGCCAGUGUAACCAAACUCCCUCCAUCAGCAGCCGUCUACUUAUACAUUCAAUUAAGCCUCCAGCUGGGACCUGUAUCAUUAUAUACUGCAGGUCUAAGUUCAGGUAUCUGCUACACAAGGAUGAGGUAGAUGCCUGAGGAUCCUGCCGCUGACGUAAAGUUCGUCUCAUGAUACGUUCUGUUAAUUAAGUUUUUUGUGUUCCUGUUCCCCGGUAGUCUUGUCUUGUCACUUUUCAGUGUUUCCUGUUUUAUUUUGUAGUAGUCCAUCCUUGUGUGUAUAUUCUGGUUUUACUUCAAAUGCUUCUAAUCUGAAUAAAACUUGGUGAAUGUAUACGCAUGUCAUGAUCGGAUUAUUUGAUUUUGCGCCCAUGUAAACAGCGGAUUCAGAUUUUCUGAUCCCUCAAAUCUUUAAUCGGAUUAAGAAAUUUUGCCCAUGUAAACGAGGAUUCUCUCAAAAAGAACCAACCAAAACACUUGGGAAAAAAACACACACAGAAUAUAAACUCAGUAUAACAAAAACUGAAGGGAAAAGCUUAAUUAAUGGAACAUAUCAUGACAGUUCGCUCCUGUAUAUGUUAUGCUUUAUGAAUAAUGUCAUGUCCUGAAGGUGGCGGUCUACUUCGAACCUGCGUCCUGCGGCCUUGUGGGAUCUACGGACCAGAAGAGAGGAGACACCUUCACAGAGUGAUGGUGAGAGAUAAACACACACGUAUAUAAAUGUAUAAAGAGUGAGUGAGUAUGAGAGAGAGAGAGAGAGUCGUGGGCUAUAGAUAGACGUCUUUUGUGUCGGUGCUGGAAAAAGAAAAGUAUACAUCCUGCAGCGUCUGAAUUGCAGAAUGUGUAUCUGCCUGCAGAGUUUACAUUAUUGAUAAAGCUCUCCAGAGAUCUAGUUUCAGGCACCUGUUCACCCAGUCUGCCCUUUAUAGGCAGCAGAGCAGGCUGCUGACACGCUGUAUGCUGUUGAUAUGUUCCGGGUUCACUGUCGGCCAAGUUGCCAACAUGUAUAUUACAUUUUUGAAUAAUGUAUAACAGCUCACAGCCUGUAGUUUUAUAGGAGUGUGCAGCAAAUAUGUUAAAGUUAGUGAGUGAUUUCUAACUUUCCAUUAACUGUAAAGUCCAUUUUUGUCCUUCCUCUCUCCGUCCCUCAGGUGAACGUGGAGCAGCGGUUAUUUACCUUCAGGUUUGGGGACCCCCGCGCCAGGAUGAACUGGGUGCACGUGGAUAACCUGGUGAAGGCCCACACGCUGGCAGCCGAGGCGCUCACGCUGCAGAGGAGCUGCGUCGCUGUGAGUCAGGACGAACGUCAUCUAAACCAACUCGAAAACAAGAUAAUCGUCCAACACUUGCGUCCUCUAUCGCCUUUAUUUUCUGAAUGAAGACAGUGAAGGGUGACGCGCUGUUUUGUUUUGCAGAGUGGACAAACUUAUUUCAUCAACGAUGGCAUUUCAGUCAAUCUCUUUGAGUGGUUGACCCCACUGGUGAGUUUUAUGAAGUCAGGGAUUUUAAAGGCGUGAUAUAGUUUAUUUUAGUGUUACUGAUGAAAGACGAUAUGUGUCACAAAUAAGUCACAGAGUUGCAUUUGGGAAUAUAUUUCAGGAACUUAGAGACGCUCUCACCUGCUUUGCUGUCAUUGCACAGAUUGCAGGACAGGAUUUUGACCCUUAACUCUCAUUAUUUCCCGACUCUUGAUAGAAAUUCACAUUUUUGCCACAGUGUCAACAGGCAAAGGUGAAAUAUGCCGCUUUUUUUUAAUUUUAGUAAAUUUAAGGAGCGUGAGCAGAGUUAGGUAUCUAACAUGGUGGGCUUUAAUUGUAAAAAAAACAGCUAUUGUUUGUUUUUGUUUUAAAAAUACUCAGAAAUACAGAGUGUGUGUUUAUCUGCAGCUGUAAAUACUCCACAACAUGUACAGUUUUUAAUAUUUUUGUGCAUUUCCCCCCUAAAAUACAGGUAUUUCCUGUUAUUGAUUCAAAAAUGAAGUGUACACUAAAACAUUUGUUUCUGUUUCAUGUUAUUUUUGCAGUUUGAAAAGCUAGGAUACAGCAGACCCUCGAUAAACCUGCCCGUAUCACUCGUCUACUCAGCAGGUAUCGUCAUCUCCUUUCUUUAAAAUCCCCACACCUCUGACGUAUUCCUUUCAUCGCGUUUCUUAACAAAACUUGUAUUUUUCCCUCUUUAUUCAGCGAUCCUGGUGGAAUAUUUGCACAUAUUUCUGAGACCCGUUAUCGAAGUGCCCCUCCUCUUUACCAGAAGUGAGGUAAGUGUGCCACCUCUGAAUCCAAACUUGAUAUUUUCUCUCACCACAGGCCGCUGCUCCUGUCUGACCUGUCUGAACUAAGUGUGAGAUGCAUUAUGGAUUAGGUGUCUAUAGUGUGGAGCUGUGUGUGAAUGUAUGCGUGCACAUGUACCUGCCUAAUUGAAAGUACGGGGAUAAGUUACCUACUCUCAGAUGAGCGGAUUCUUGUUUAAGUCUCGACACUGAAGACAGACUUCAUUAGGACAGGUAUUUUCCUAUCCUCCCUACCCCUCUCUCUCUCUCUCUCUCUCCUGAUGUUAUCUCUCAUCCAUUAAUUAUAGAAAAUGAAAGUAAGCCUCAGGGAAUUCAGAAAUAGCUGUAAAUUAUAAAACCAGCAGAAGCACUACAGCAUGUCUGCUCUGCCUUUGAAAAACAGAAAAAGUCUGAUGUGUCAGAUUCGAGGGCGGUUGGUUGUAAUCCUGUCCGGGGGAGGCCUUCGUCGUACAUCUUAAGGAGCCUCCGUCGUCCUGGCCGCUAAGGUCCUCAUGAAUGUGUGAUGAGGCAGAAACCAAAGCUGAGCCCGUGGGCCUGCACCUGCAGCUCACUCUGUCAGACAGCUGCUGCUCGGGGGAUCGAUGAACGCCCCAUGAAUAAAACAUCAACGGUGAUGGGUCAGAACAGGAAGUUCAGGAGGAGUUUUGCAGGAAGUGAAUUCAGUACAGUGGCUGUUGCCAUGGUGAAUAUAAAACAACGAAUCUACUUUUAAUCAGCAGCUGGAAAUCAUCCUGAAUAGAUCAAGUAUUUAUUUCUGUUUGAAUGAGAUGAAUGAAUUCUUCUCAGAGGUCAUAGUUUUACAUUCUGAUGCCUGUUCCUGCAUUAUCUUACCGCCUGGGUGUUCGGUGUCGGCAUGUAGAGUACACAUGAGGACAGGAGAGGGAGGAGAUGAGUUCCUCGAAGCAGUUUUUCAGCUUUUCAGUUUCUCACGUUUCUCCUUCUACGUCAAACCGCUUCAUUCGGCACACGCCUUUUAUGAAACAUCCCUGAAGCUCUGCGGUAUGACUCAUGACGAAUCGCUGUACCAGUUUAUCAUCAUAGUUGAGAAGCCUCACAAUCACACACGGCUGAAUCCUGCUCAUCCUGUCUGACCUGAAGAUUAUCCUGAUAUAACUUUGCCUCUUUACCGUCCGGUUGUUGCACGCUUUCUUUUUGGAUGUAUGUUUAUUAAAUUUUUCCAGAAACAAAAAAGAACACAUGAUAAAUAAAAAGCAAGAGAUUCAGGGGUCAUCUUAUAUGAAUAAAAUAGGUAAGUACAAUAAAAGUGAAAUAAAUCAAGUGCAUAAUAGGUUCAUAUAUUCAAAGAAAGGUACAUAGAAGCAAGAGCAUUAAUGAAAUAAGACGUCAUUUUUUAAGGCGGCAUGUUCAAAGCUAUGAUAGAAACCCUCUCGUGAAAAUGGUAAAGAUAUUUAAACCAACAUAUGACAGAAAGAGCUCCCAAGUUUUACGGAACAUGUCAUCUUUGCUGUGUAGUUUACAUGUCAGAUAGUCCAAUGCAACAUAUUUAAGAGUCACCCUUUGCCACUGAGCCUUGGAUGGGACUAUAUCCACUAUCCAGUUUAAGAGAAUACACUUUCUAGAGCAGAACGCAAGUGUUCGAUGGAGUUUCCUUCUAAAUUUAUCAGUGAUGGACAGAUCAAAUAUGCCAAGUAGCAGACAUAAAGGAUUAUUAUUUGUCUUAGUUGAUAGAAUCUUAUUGAUUUCUUGUUCAAUGACUUGCCAGAACUGUUGUAUUUUCCAGCAAUACCACAAACAAUUUCUAUUUUACAUUUGGGGCACAGUGGAGAUGAAUUAGAAUUAAAUUUAUGACGCUAGGAAGGAGAAAUAUGAACACUCAGCGUUUUGUGCUCUUCCUUGCAUACUUUCUGACUUUCCCUCUCUUUUGAUGGCACUCAGAUUUAUAUUCUGUCAUUCCUACUGAGGAUAACAGUCUUCAGAUAUAUCUUGAUGAAAUAAUUGGUGAAAUAAUUCCCUAUAGAAGCCAUAUGCCUGCUUUAAACUGAACUUUUACUAACAAAAACUCUCCGUCUUUUAUUACAGGUGAGGAACAUAGCGGUGAACCACACCUUUAAGAUUGAUAAGGCCCGUCAAGAGCUGGGUUACUGUCCAAAGUCCUACGACCUAGCGGACUCCGUGGAGCAGUACCUGAAGUCCAGACAGCUGAGCGCUAACUCACCUCCACUCAGACCCUCCUGGAUCUCCCAGCUCCCCCGGCACCUCAUUCUGCUGCUGCUCGUGGUUUUCAGCCUAGUUUUACUGAUGCUAUCCUGCCUCCUCUGUCAGGACUGAACAGUUCUCAGUGGAAAUUAUUGACUAGAUGGACAUCAAAACUAAUUUACUUGUUUUUUUUUUCUUUUUAAAGAAAACUGUCUGGCUGAGAUGCAUCAAAAAAGCCAUGCAUCAUGUUGUUUUUGUCCAGUAGUCAUGUUAAAUUUCCU